GCUGAUAGUGUAAAAACAGUUCCGUCUCAGCUAGUGGAACGUCGUUCCCCGCCCCAUCAUGAGAGGGAUCUGGAGCCAAGUGGUUACCCUAGCGGUAAUUUUGGGAAUCGCUCUAGUUUCGGGAAAAGCAUUACCUGGGAAAAAUCAACAAAUAGAGCAACAGUCGGAGAAGCACGAUCAGUCCAAUCAACUAGCCGAAAAGCGGGUCGGCUAUGACUAUUCCGCCCCUCCAAGCGAUCAGUUCAAUCCGUUUCAAGAUAAUGACGACCUCCACACGCACGGGGAUCAUCACGAAGUGAUCGAGCAUCACGACGAUCCUCACGAUCAUUACGAAGAGCAUCAUGUCGACGAACACCAUGAUCAUCACGUCGACGAACAUCAUGAUCACCACGACCAUCACGACCACCAUGAUCACCACGAUCCAGGCUACUGGAAAAAAAAGCUUAUCUGGAAACCGGGAUGGAAAAAAAUUUGGAAGCCAGCAAAAAAACAAAUAUGGAAGCCUUCAUGGAAAAAAAUUUGGAAACCAAUUUGGGUACCUACAAAAAUACCAGUUUGGAAGGAAAUUAAAGUACCAGACUGGAAGAAAAUUUACAAACCUGAAUGGAAGCCAAUAAAGGUACCAGGAUGGAAAGAUGUAAAAGUACCAGAUUGGAAGAAAAUUACUGUGCCUGUAUACAAGGACAUUGUAGUACCAGGUUGGAAAGAAAUUCAAGUACCAGCUUGGAAGAAAAUUUGGGUACCCGAGUGGGUGAAAUUAGGCAUUCCGGGUGAAAAGUACUUAGGUAAGGAUCAUGAUGGUUGGGAAUAUACUUCUCACGAUUUGUGGAAAAAGAAACUAGUCUGGAAACCCGUUUGGAAAAAGUAUUGGAAACCAGCCAAGAAACAAAUAUGGAUCCCUGACAAGAAACUUGUUUGGAAAGAUGAAUGGAAGCAAAUAUGGAAGACAGAAAAGAAACAGAUAUGGAUCGAUGACAAGAAAUUAGUAUGGAAGGAAGCUUGGCAACAAAUAUGGAAACCAUCAAAGAAAUUGAUCUGGGUUCCAGAUAAAAAAUUACAAUGGAAAGAGGCUUGGAAACAAAUUUGGGUUCCUGACUGGAAAGAUAUUUGGGUACCGGGAGUAAAGAAAAUUUGGAGACCUGUAUGGAUUUCCGAGUGGUUCCCUUCACCGAAUCAUCACGAACACGUGCACGAAUCUCAUGGUUGGGAUAGAAGUGAUAACAACGAAGCUUCAAGCAAAAAAGUCGAAACGAUUAAAGAGGCACCCAAACAUGUAGCACCGAAAGCGCCAGAAAAGUCUACCUGGCAAUUUCCAAAAUAAACUAUGAACUGUCGAGAUGUUGGAUGUAUCAAUUAAAGUUCAAAUUUUUUUUAUAGAAAGUGCUUCCGCAAUAGCAGUGCAAGAAUGCUUGAAUUCAUUUACAGUGUAUCAGUAAAAGAAAAGGAACGAUUGUAGUAGUGCAAACUUUUAGGUAAUAUUCGUUUCCUUUAAUAGAUGUGCCACGCGAACAUUUUUGAAUAGCUAUGCGAUUGAUUCUUUCACUUUUUUUGUGCAAAAGCAUUCUUUACUGUUUGUUCGUCAGUUAAUGAUAUUAUGUUUAGAUUUAUCAAGAUGUAGUAUUUUUGAUUUAGUUACCGUAUUUGAGGCUGACUUAUUAUGUUUAUUUUAAAUUGAAUAUUAAGUUGUGUAGGAAAAAAACGGAAUAUGCGUUCUGUACCCCACUGAUGCUUUAUGUUUUGUUGUUUUAUUUAGGUAAGUGUUUUGUUUUGUUAAGCAACUAGGUGUAGAAGCGAAACCAAUGAAAUAAAAGAGUAAUGUUUUAUUUAAA